GGCGAGGCCAGGCCGCCGCCCGCAUGGCCCGAGCGGAGCCGCCGCCGCCGGCCAGCUUCGAGCGGCGGGUGCUGCGGAGCGCCGCCGAGCACCACUACCUGCGCGUCCGCCUGGAGCUGCCCGACGGCGGGGCCCGGCCCAGCGCCGCGCACUUCAAGCAGCUGGUGGUGACGGCGCUGCGGGAGCUGCACGGCGAGGUUGGAGCAGCUUUGCCGGUUGAUGUCUUAACAUACGAGGAAAAGACUCUCUCUGCAAUAUUAAGAGUUACUAGCAGUGGUCUCGUCAAGCUGUGGAGCGCUCUCACGUUGCUGGGCUUCUAUCAGAACAGAAGGUGUGCCUUUCGAGUGCUACAGACAUCUCCAUUUCUUCUUGCGUUAUCUGGGAACAGUAGAGAACUAGUGCUGGACUGAUUAUCCAGUUGCUGGUUUGGUUGUAAGAAGU